UUUUUUUUUUUUUUUUAAAGAUGGCCUCACGCGCUCAGGAGGUGUCUCUGCUCGGGCUGUGUGACGGAGAGAUCGACUCCAAGAAGCACCGGUGCUCCUAUCUGACCAACAAAGUAGGGGGUCGGCCGGACUGGCCGCCCGGCAUCGCUGCCCGGUCACCGCGAUGCGGCCGCUGCAGAGUCCCGCUAGUCCACGUGGUUCAGGUGUACUGCCCCGUGGACACGUCUCCGCACCACAGGAACCUCCACGUCUUCGCGUGCCCGGGAGCUGAGUGCAGCGGUCGGUCAGAGUGCUGGGCGGUGCUCCGCUCACAGUGCCUGGAGGCAGAGGUGCGGACACCCGGGCCGCCUGCACCGGCUCAGGAGGCUCCUAUGCGGGUCACUGACUGGUGUGACACCGCUGACGACUGGGGGAUGGUGGGAGAGGAAGAUAAUGAUGGAUGGGGAGGAGGUGCGAAGCAGAACACACCUGUGAAGGAGGAGACAGGAGCUCCAGAGGCAGCAGGUGGUGAGACAGACGUCAGCAGCCGUCUUUGUGACCUCAGUCUGGGGGACUCGCAGGAGGAUGUGACCGCCUUCUGUCCAUUCUUCAUCAGCGUGGUGGAGGAGACGGAUGUGUGCGGGGAGGACGGCGACCUGGAGCACGCUCAGGAGCUGCUGAGGGAGUACGAGAGGCGAGAGGGCGUGGCGGUGGGGGAGUUAGAGGGAAGCGGAGGAGGCGGGGACGAGAAGUAUGAGAAGACCGGAGCCCGACACGGAGACGCCGUCUUCUCCAGGUUCAUGAAGACGAUCUCGGCGUGUCCGCAGCAGAUCCUGCGCUACUGCCGCGGCGGGAAGCCGCUCUUCAUCUCUGAGCUGCCGUCCAAUGUGGCGCAGCUGGUGCCAGCGUGUGGCAUCUGCGGAGGCUCCCGGACGUUCGAGCUGCAGCUGAUGCCCGCGCUGGUAUGCCUGCUGCAGGGGGAGCGCGGCGGUGCAGGGGUGGAGCUGGAAUUUGGGACGGUGCUAGUCUACACCUGCGCAGACAGCUGCUGGACGUCCGGGUCGGACUCGGCCGUGGAGGAAUUCUGCUUCGUUCAAACCGACCCAGAUCAGCAGCUCUUUGUGUGACGGACUAACCUGAAGCUCGCUGUCGCCAUCAUGGUGGGAUCGCGGUUUAUUUAUACACGUCAUGAUGUCAGAUCAAAAAUCUGAGGCGAGCUCGUGUUAAAGGACCAACCAGCAGCUUUUGUUACUUCAAGGCUUUAAAGGUAUGAAAAUAUAGAUGUGCCUUAGUCGUCGGGCCUGAGCAGAGCGUUGCAGCUGCUUAAGGCCACACGAGGGCGGGACACUGAACCACAGCUGCUCUUAUUGGUCCUUCAGACUUCACGGUGCUGAACACAGGAGCUCAACGUCACAGCUCCAAAGACGACGAGUGUUAGAAAAGAUUAAAAGUCUCUGCUGCAGCUCGUUUGUUCGUCAUCUUUUCUGUUUUAAAUCUUUUACUGCUGCAAACACAGCAGCUGCUGUCUUCAUGUGCGAGUCAUUCUUUAACUCUGAGCAGCUUCUGGUUGUUCCUGUAGAGAGGAAUAUUACCAACCGUGACCUCUGACCUCCCUGUGUAAGCGCACAUGUUGGUCGUCGGGCUCUGAAAUCCUCUGAAAGAAAAGACUCGGACACACAACAAGUUUGUUUUUCUUUUUACUUCAACCUUAAACAUGUUUCUAGAACGCCGUGUCACACCACAACAGUUCGGUCGAGGAGCGUCAACGUUAAACCGGGCGAAGGAAAUGUAAACGUGUAAAACAAAGCUAUAAAAAUGUAAAUCAGCUGAAGGGUUUCAGGUUUGAGGAUCAGAUCCAGAGUAUCAAAAAUAGAUUGUUUGUAAUUUACUGGCCAAUAAAUAACAGAAUUUUCUUA